AUGGCUGUAGCCAACGGUCUCCGCAUCGCCGUCGGCGGCGACGACGCCGGCUUCGACUACAAGGCCACAAUCUCCAAGGACCUGGAAGCUGAUCCGCGAGUGAGCACAGUCGUAGACUUCGGCCCCAACUCCGCGACAGACAAGACGGCAUACGCACACUUCGCCAUCGCUGCUGCCGAGGCCGUUGCCAGUGGCAAGGUUGACCGGGCCAUACUCAUCUGUGGCACCGGGCUAGGUGUCGCCAUCUCGGCGAACAAGGUCCCAGGCGUCCGGGCAGUGACAGCGCACGACAGCUUUUCAGUGGAAAGAGCUGUCAAGAGCAAUAAUGCGCAGGUGCUGUGCCUCGGUCAACGCGUUAUUGGUGUCGAGCUUGCGAGGCGGUUGGUUAGUGAGUGGGUGGGUUAUGAGUUUGAUCCCGCAUCUGCAUCCGCAGCAAAAGUGAAAGUCAUCGAUGACUAUGAUCUGAAGCAGUCGAGUGGGAUCAAGGCCUGA